AUGGCGCUCUACUUGGCGUAUAUACAGCCGUUCCGCGAGUAUCUAACGCUGCAGGUGCUCGGCGGUGGCUACAGCGACUACGUCUGGCAUGAUGCACAGGGCGCGUGGAACACUGAUCGACUGACGAGAGUUCUCAAGCGAGAAACACAGAAGAGACUGGGUGUUACGCUGCACACGCUUGACUACCGGCAUACUGCCGUAGGACUUGGCCGAGUCUACGUUGGAGAGUCGUUCAGCAAGGGCUACCAGGACGACAUUGGCGAAGUAGACGAGGCAGAAGUGGAAGACGACGGCGAGGAUGUUAUUGAGCUUCAGAACUCACGCACAACUGCAAUGGGCGUGGGCAAUUACAGCGUGCCGAUAGAUAUCGUCCAGCAUCUCAGCGUGCGCUCGAUCGACGCAUUCCGGCCGCUCAGCGCAGCGUGGCACAAGUUCUUGGGGGUUGAUGGCACGGGCGAGGUACGUCGAACAGCUGUUGCAAGCAGCACGCGGAGGAAAAGGCCGAUGCGGGCAAGCAUGUCUGAGCUGGCGCUGCUGCCGCGGGACAAGGAGGCGAGGGUAGAAGACCCGCGCAAAGACAAGAUCCGUACAGCGCUGCAGCAGGUGCUGGGCACGCAGGAGGUAGGGUUCCGCUCGGUGGAGCAGGAGCAGGCGAUGCAUGCCGUUCUCGACGGACAGAACCCGCUGGUCAUCGUGCUCCCGACAGGAGGCGGCAAGAGUCUGCUGUUCACGGUGCCGGCGGUUGUAGAGCAGACAGGGGUUACGGUUGUCGUCGUGCCGUACCAGGCGCUGAUCAACAAUCUAGUGGAACGCAUUCAGAGCAGCGGUGUGGAGUGCAUAGAGUGGAAGCAUGGCGAGAACAACCCGGCAUCCGUCGUCGUG